AUGAAAGAAAAUCCAGAGUCGUUACACUACCAAUGCGAUUCUUUGCGGAAGCAGCAAGAAGAUCUUUUGGCUAUGAAAGAUGCUGAGAGCCAAUUGUUCGCCGAUCUUUCGACCAAUUUCGACAUAAUGCAGAAACUCCUAGACGAAAUCAUGGACAGAUGGGCGGCUUUGAAUGGCCCUGCUCAAGCAAUCGAAUUUGAGAAUGUCAUGAAGGAGUAUAAAGACAGAAUUAAGGAUCUGAAUGUUCUGUUGGAAAAACAUACAUCUAAGAGCAUGCCAGAAGUACAAGCACAGUUGGACAAUCUGAAACUAGAAAAUGACAAACUUACUAGAGAGGUUAAACGUCUGCAGCAGGAGUCAACCCAGAAAGAGGGCGAAACACAUCUGAACCUUGUAAAGAAGCUCGAGGGACAAAAACAGAAGAUUUCAAACCAAACCGCUGUCCUCAAUAAACUUCAGAAGACCGUUGACGAGCAGAAGGAGAAAUUACAGGCCCAAGAACAUCUUAUGGAUGAGUUGACUCGAGCGGAAAGAGCGCAUGCGCAUGAAGAGAUUUCCAAGCUGAAAAUGUAUACUGAGAAGUUCAAGCCUUUGAUUGUCGCUGGAGCAAAGCUUCGUAAUAGACGCAUGGAGAAAACUAAGCCUUGGAAGGACCAGGACACGCGAGUGAAGGAAAUUGGUAACGCCGCGGCUCAUGAUGUGAGUGCCUCGGAGCCCUUUUUGGAAACCUUCUUUGAGGAUUGCUUGCUGAUUUGAUUUUAAUAUAGGCCGACGUAAUUGCUGAUGCUCUGCUAUACGAAUCAGACCUACCCUUCCCGCGAAGAAUUGACUCGGAGUACUUUGAAGCACACUAUGGCUAUGACCAUAGAAAUGUCAUUGAGACGUUUUCUCCAAAGCUGAGUCAAGUCAUAAGCUGGAACGCAACAAUGAAAACUAUCGCUACCUACGGCUGUGUGGACGACGACGAUAUGAGCAAAUUCAAGGAAGCUUUUGCUAAGAUAAUGUUAGUAAGCUACGGCGACGACGAUUUUGACAUGUACGUGACCGAAACAUAUGAAGGCGUAUCGUUAUACAAGACUCUAGAAGUCGAGUUUGACAAAGUUGUAGCGAUCAAUUCUGAAAGACGCGCAGGAUCCAAGAAGGAGAACAAUGUGACAUCACGGAAAUGGGGCAGAAACAGCACGAAGAAAGCACAUCUAAAUGUUUGA